AAUAAAAUGAUUUUAAAAGUUGUUGCAGUACUUCCAAAGAAACAUUACCCAUUUCGGCUUUUUGCUUAUCUUUCAUCUCUUCUCCCUCCCUUCUCUGACGUAUUUGCUUUGUUGGAAUUGGAAAAAAGAGUCUCACAUGUUCUCCAAGGCUCAUCUAUUAGUCAAACUCCGGUGUAUUGUCUCUGCCUCGAAACAUCAGUUGUCAACAGUCACUGCUGUUCGAAUUACCGCCACCUAUUCGACGAUAUGCCAAAACCAAGCUGAAAACCAUACGGAAGCAGCUGUAGAGCCUCCGAGGGACUCUGCGGAACUUUUCAGGAAAUGGGGUUGCAGCGAAAAUGAUUUAGGGCAGAUCUUUUCUCGCCAGCCUGCUUUGCGCCAUGCUCAAGUUGCUCCCCUUUUAUCCAAACUCAAGUUGCUCAGUGACUUGGGACUCACCGCUUCCGACAUUGUUACGAUGAUCAAUUGUCGCCCUCGUUUCUUUUGUUCUCGUAUCAAUCAUUGCUUCGACGAGCGGCUUGAUUUUUUCCUGACGCUUUUCGGGUCACGAGAAGUGCUGCGUAAAGCCCUUGUUAGGAACCCUUCGCUUCUUACAUAUGACUUCCACGGCACGAUCAAACCAGUCAUUGCGUUGUAUGAAGAAAUGGGCAUUGCCGGAAAUGAUUUGAUUGCCAUGCUCAUCUCGCGGCCCACGUUGAUUCCUAGGACUUCGUUUAAUGACGAGAAGAUGGAAUAUAUAAAGAAAACAGGGGUUUCAAAAGGUUCCAAAAUGUAUAAAUAUGUGGUUGCUCUCAUUGGCAUCUCGCGGAUUGAGACUAUACAGGAAAAAGUGACGAACUUGGAGAAGUUUGGGUGUUCAGAGGACGAGGUAUGGAGUCUUUUGGGACGGUCUCCCCUUAUUUUGACGCUAUCAGUUGAUAAGGUUCAAAGGAACAUGACUUUUGUUGUGGGCACCAUGAAGCUCUCUCCAAAACUGGUGCUUCAGUACCCAUUUUUGUUGUUCUGCAACCUGGAAGCUGUAUUGAAGCCACGGGUAUUAUUGGCUGGGAAGCUAAAGGACAUGGAGCUUCACCCACAGAUUAAGGGAGCAAUGAUGUUGAGGGCACUUAGGAUGAAAGAAAGUCGAUUCUUGACUGCGUUUGUUACAUGUCAUCCAGAAAAUGUGGCCACUGAAUUGCUAGAGUUUUAUAAACAUGCUAAAUGUGUCAAACGAUUGGCGGAAGCCUCAAAGAUGAAAGUGCGUAAAGGAUUUCCCUUUUGAUCCAUGGAUGGUGACAGAGGCUUCAUUUGAAUUUUGCUUUCUUUGAAGAUGAGCUCUUUAUCAACUACAAUGUCUUCGAUGAUCACUAAACGAGCACAGAGGUUACACUUGAUCAGUUUUUUCGAAUCGAGAUCCGAUUUGAUGAGGAGCUGGAGAUUGAUUAUGUACUCUGUGAGAUUCGCAACAGAACUGGCAUAGAGGCAGCAUUGAUACUUGGUCGAGCACUUACAGCGGGCCCGUAUGCUGGUAACAACUGCAAUAUGGGACUGUAUCUGAUGCAUUAAUGUUAUGCUGCUUUUAUAGACUCCGCAACUUGUCUGAGAUUUUUUCAGGCAAUUCCUUAGGUUGGGAUAUGCUGCUUUUAUAGACUUCAUAGCUUUUCUAUGUAACUUCCUUAUUGGAGGCAAUGCCUCCUUAUGUACUGAUCCAUAUUAAUCAGAAACCUUCACAGGUAAUUAAUAAAAUUCACAUAUGAAUUAAUACCUUUUGAAUUAA